AUGACGUCGCACGCCGUUGACCACGACGUCGAAGCGGCUCCUCCCACUAACAGCGAGCUCUCGUCCGUCAUGGACCCGAACGAACGCCGUCGCGCCGCCCUGGCUCGCAUCGACGAGGCCAAGUUCGGCUGGUACCAUGUCCGCGCAGUCAUCGUUGCUGGAGUCGGCUUCUUCACUGAUUCCUACGACAUCUUCGCGAUCAAUCUGGCUGUCUCCAUGCUCGGUGUCGUUUACUGGCAGGGUGCCAAGUCCGGCGCUGGCAAGCUUCCUUCCAGUGCGGACACUGCUAUCAAGGUCGCAACCUCUGGCGGUACUGUCAUCGGCCAGCUGUUCUUUGGAUGGCUGGCUGACCGCAUCGGCCGAAAGCGCAUGUACGGCAUCGAACUCAUGAUCAUCAUCUUGGCCACCCUGGCUCAGUCGCUGUCCUCGGAUUCCCCUGGCAUGUCCAUCGUUGGCGUGUUGAUCUUCUGGCGCGUCGUCAUGGGUAUUGGCAUUGGUGGUGAUUACCCACUGUCGUCCAUUAUUACCUCGGAGUUUGCUACCACCAAGUGGCGCGGUGCCAUGAUGGGCGCUGUGUUCGCGAUGCAGGGAAUCGGCCAAUUUGCCGCAGCAAUCGUCGCUCUCAUCGUCACCGCGGGUUUCAAGGAGUCCCUCAUGACUGCCAAGGAUGUCGCCCACUGCAGUGGUGUCUGCCAGCUGGCAGUUGACAAGAUGUGGCGCACCGUCAUAGGCUUCGGCGCGGUUCCGGCCUGCUUUGCUCUCUAUUACCGUCUGACUAUCCCCGAGACUCCUCGCUACACCUUCGAUGUGACCCGCGACAUCCUCAAGGCCGACGAAGACAUUCGUGCGUACAUCAAGGGUCACCCAGAAGGUCACCCUGAUGAGAUGCAGCGGAUCCGCGUUCUGCGGAAUGAGAGCAUCGAAUACCUGGCACCCAAGGCAAGCUGGGCAGACUUUAGAAAGCACUAUGGUCAGUGGAAGAACUUCAAGAUUCUUCUGGGUACUGCCGGUUCCUGGUUCUUCCUGGACGUUGCCUUCUACGGCCUCGGUCUCAACAACUCCAUCAUCCUGAGUGCGAUUGGCUGGACUGGUGGAAAGAACGUGUACGAGACUUUCUACCGCAACGCUGUCGGAAACUUGAUCUUGGUCUGUGCUGGUGCUAUCCCUGGCUACUGGUUCACUGUCGGCACCGUGGACACUAUCGGCCGCAAGCCAAUUCAAAUGGCCGGUUUCAUUAUUCUGACCAUCAUCUUCUUCGUCAUCGGUGGUGCAUACGAUUCCCUGAAGACGCACAAUGGUGGCUUGUUGGCGCUGUAUGUGCUGGCCCAGUUUUUCUUUAACUUCGGCCCCAAUGCGACUACUUUCAUCGUGCCCGGCGAAUGCUUCCCAACUCGCUACCGCUCCACCUCUCAUGGAAUCAGCGCAGCCUCCGGCAAGGUCGGUGCCAUCAUCGCACAGUGCGUCUUUGGUCCCCUGAUCCACAAGGGUGCCAAGCCUGGCUCUGGCGCUUCGCCCUGGCUCAACCAUGUUAUGCAAAUCUUCGGUGGUUUCAUGUUCUGCGGUGUCCUCACCACUUGGCUGAUCCCCGAGACCAAGCGUCGCACCCUCGAGGAACUGUCUGGUGAGGAUCACGGUUCCAUCCAUGAGAGCCUGACCACCCACCCCGCCGAGAAGCCUGAGGAAGGCACCGUCCCCAAGCAGGUUCCUGCUACCACCACUGUGCAG